GUUAGAGUCACCCUGAUUUGCACACACUAUCAGAAGGGCUGGGCUUGGGGACAAUAUAAAGGAGUUUGACAUUGGGGAACGACUUAAUUCCUUCCAGUAUUAUCUCAGAGACCUGUCAGAUUUUUUUUUUUGGAGUGAAAAUGGCGUCUCCCCAGCACCAGCAUCAAUGCAAGCAAACUCCCACUUUGCCGCCAGAGCUCUGCAAGAAAGCACCAUGCCCAUUGGAGCAGCAAUGCAAGGAGCCACCAGUGGUGGUCAUCCCGACUCCAUGUCCAGAACCCAAGCCACGUUCUCCACAGGAGCCUCCGUGCAAGGAGCCACCAGUGGUGGUCAUCCCAACUCCGUGUCCUGAGCCUAAGACACAUCCUCCACAGGAGCCUCCAUGCAAGGAGCCUCCAGUCCCAACCCCAUGUCCUCCUCAGGAGAAACAGUCUUGUCAACAGAAGUCUCAAUGCAAGGAGCCACCAGUCAUCCCAACUCCAUGCUCAGAGCCCAAACCCCCACAAGAGCCUCCACACAAGGAGCCACCAGCACCAUCUCCAUGUCCUAAAGAACCAGAACCAUGUCCUCCACGCAAGGAGCCACCAGCACCAGAACCAUGUCCUAAAGAACCAGAACCAUGUCCUCCACGCAAGGAGCCACCAGCACCAGAACCAUGUCCUCCUAAAGAACCAGAACCGUGUGCUCCAAAGGAGCUAACUCCAGAUUGUCAACAGAAGACUCAAUGCAAGCAGCCUCCGAUUGUGGUCAUCCCAACUCCAUGCCCGGAGCCCAAACCGUGUCCUCCAUGCAAGGAACCACCAGCACCAUCUCCAUGUCCUCCUAAAGAACCAGAACCAUGUCCUCCAUGCAAGGAACCACCAGCACCAUCUCCAUGUCCUCCUAAAGAACCAGAACCAUGUCCUCCAUGCAAGGAACCACCAGCACCAUCUCCAUGUCCUCCUAAAGAACCAGAACUGUGUCCUCCAAAGGCAUCAACUCCAGAUAGUCAACAGAAGACUCAGUGCAAGCAGCCUCCAUGUCCAGAACCCAAACCGUGUCCUCCACAGGAGCCUCCAUGCAAGGAGCCACCAGUUGUGGUCAUUCCAUGCCCAGACCCCAAACCGUGUCCUCCUCAGGAGCCUCCAUGCAAACAGCCGCCUCCCUGUGACCAGCAGCAGAAGAAGCAGCCAUCUUCAUGGCCGCUCCAGAAUAAAUGAGCAGGUCAGGAAAAAAAAACUAGUGAAGAAUCCAUUUCUCCAACUCUACAUCUCACCAUGUCAAACAUACCUCAUCUUUGUAUCCCUUUGAAAUGCUUUAAGAAAUCCUUCUAACGUUGCACGAGAGGAAUCACAGCAAACAAUGUAAGUGUCCAUCAAGGUGACUUUGUGUCCAUUUCCAGCCAGAGUGGACUUUUUCAAGAGAGGUGCGACAGAAUCUCCCAAUUUCUUUGGGCAUUUUCUCUUUAUGUUAACCACACUGUUACAUUUAUUCUAUCGUUUUCCUGAUGGUCUCAUUCAUCUGUAAAGUUUGUAAUUACUUAACUAUUCUUUGUACCAUUUAUAGGUCCCCAAAGGAGGUGUGCUGUGAGACUCAGUGGGGUUUUUUUUAACACCAGAAAUUCUUGAAGAAUAUGGUAGGGUUGGGUGUCAGUGAAACAUAAAGCUAGCUUAGAUCCCUCCAAGGAGAGAGAAGGUCCUCCUUGUUAUUUAAGCUCCUCCCUUUCACUGUCACUAGAGAUCCGUUCUGUGACUACCCUAUUCAGCUAUUUGUCCGACCUUUAGAAAAGGCAAAGUCCUAGGUCAACUAAAAUGCCAGAUCUGCUCUCUGUAGAGAUGAAAUUGUGGGUUGGUGGCUCUCCAGAGGUUGAUAGACUAUCAUUGGAUCAAUGGCCAAUAAUCUUACUAGGAUGGGUAGGAAUUGGACUACAAACCAUAUCCCAAAGAGCCAUAAAUUCUUCAUCUUGGUUUGGAAUGUCCAACGAACUCUUAGGUCCUGCAAGAUGUCUUUCAAAAAGACCUCAGUUGUCUUCUGGAAUGGCAAGACCCAUCAGAAGACACGGGGAGGUUCUUUAGUCUUCGGGGAGAAGCUCAGGAGAAGCUCAAUCUAUCAACUGCCAAUGAAAUAUUGGGGAAAGAAUGAAACUCUUCAGGGUUUCUCCAUCAGAGUUAUACCCCAAAAUAAUUAACCUUCAGAAAGUCAUCGUUUUCAGUACAGCAAUGCGGGUUUAUUUUUAUUUUUUUAAUCGUGAACUGGAUUGCAGGAAGCUGGAGGACACCUGUAUCAUCAAGUGGGUCUCCUCUUCAUGGGGGUCAACAUGUUGCUAUGAAGAUGCUGAGUCUGUACACUUCCGAAUUUAUAUUUAACCAACUUGUAGAUAAAUCAAAUGAAUAAAGGAAAAACAAUGAA